AUCUCUCCGUAAAAAAUAGAUAAUAAAAUUUGAAUUAAAAAAAUGAGCACAACCGAAGCAAAGGAAACCAAGGUACAACAAGCAAAAGGUACAGCCAAGAGAGACUUCUUGAUUGAUAUUGAGAAGAAAUAUCAACAAGAAUGGGAAGAUAAUCACAUUUAUGAAUCUUCGGCCAGCGAUUUGGAAAACAAGGAAAAAUUCUUUGCUACUUUCCCAUAUCCAUACAUGAACGGUAGACUCCACUUGGGUCACGCUUUCUCUAUGACAAAAGCUGAAUUCCAAACUCGUUUCCAAAGACUUUUGGGAAAGAAUGUUUUGUUCCCAUUCGGGUUCCACUGUACAGGUAUGCCAAUUGCUGCUUGUGCUGAUAGAUUGAAGAGAGAAAUUGAAGAUUUUGGAAAUCCACCUAAAUUCCCAGAUGUUCAAGUUAAAAAAACAGAUGAUGACGAAAAAGUUGAGGAUGAAUCUGCUGAAGUUAAAACUGGUGAAUAUCAAUGGAAUAUUAUGAGAAAGAACGGAUUGUCAGAUGAAGAUAUUGCUAAAUUUGCUGAUGCCAAAUAUUGGUUGGAAUAUUUCCCACCACUUGCCAAGAAGGAUCUUCAAAGGUUUGGAGUUGCUUGUGAUUUCCGUCGUAGUUUUAUCACAACAGAUUUGAAUCCGUAUUAUGAUUCUUUCAUUCGUUGGCAAUUUAACCAAUUGAAAGAACAAGGAAGAAUUAGUUUUGGUAAACGUUACAGCAUUUUCUCUCCAAAGGAUAACCAACUUUGUGCAGACCACGAUAGAGCUGUUGGUGAAGGUGCUAAGCCACAAGAAUAUACAGUUGUAAAAUUGUUCUUGCAAAAACCAUACCCAAAGGUUUUGGAACACUUGCAAGAUAAGAGAGUUUAUUUGGGAGCUGCCACUUUGCGUCCAGAGACAAUGUUUGGACAAACAAAUUGUUGGCUUUUGCCUGAUGGAGAAUAUGGCGCUUUUGAAACUAAUAAUGGUGAAGUUAUAAUUUGUACUGCAAGAGCUGCCAGAAAUCUUGCUUGGCAAGAAUUGAGUCCAAGACCUGGUGAAGUAGUUCAACUUGCCAAAUUUUUGGGAGCUGAUUUGAUGGGAGCUGCUGUUGAUGCACCAAUGUCUCCACUCAAAACUAUCCAUGUUUUGCCAAUGAUGUCAAUUUCUACAAGAAAAACAACUGGUGUUGUCACAUCUGUGCCUAGUGAUGCACCUGCUGAUUUUGCAGCUCUUCAAGAUUUGAAGAACAAGGCUGAUCUCAGAACAAAAUUCAACAUCAAAGAAGAAUAUCUUCAUGAUCCUAUUCCAAUUAUUGAAGUUCCAGAGUAUGGUACUUUGUGUGCUCCAGCUCUCUGUGAAAAAUACAAGAUUAAAUCUCAAAACGAUAAGGAUGGUUUGGAAAAAGCUAAGGAUGAAGCUUAUCUUCUCGGAUUUAGUAAGGGUGUAUUUGUAAUGGAAGGUGAAUUCAAGGGAAUGUCAGUUAAGGACACAAAGAACAGAAUUCGUCAAAAAUUACUAGAUGAAGGAAUGGCUGUUCCAUAUGCUGAACCAGACAAGGAAGUUAUCAGUAGAUCAGGUGACAGAUGUGUUGUCAGUUUGACUGAUCAAUGGUAUUUGGCCUACGGUGAAGAAGAAUGGAAGAAUGUUGUAAUGAAUCAUCUUAAGACUAAAUUCCAUGUCUAUAACUCUGCCACUAUCAAUGAACUUGAAUCAACAGUGGAAUGGUUGAAAGAAUGGGGAUGUUCAAGAUCAUAUGGUCUUGGUACUAAGCUCCCAUGGGAUGAACAAUUCUUGAUUGAAUCAUUGAGCGAUUCUACAAUUUACAUGGCAUACUAUACUGUUGCUCAUCUUUUGCAAGGUGGAGUUUUGGAUGGAUCUGGUCAAAGUCCAGCAGGUGUUAAACCAGAGCAAUUGACUGACGAUAUUUGGAGUUACAUCUUCCAUGGUAAGCCUCUCACUUCAACCAAUGGAAUUAACCAAGAAGUAUUGGAUUCAUUGAGAAAGGAAUUCCAAUACUGGUAUCCUGUUGAUUUGCGUGUCAGUGGUAAGGAUUUGAUUAAGAACCAUUUGACCAUGUUCCUUUAUAACCAUGCUGCUAUCUUCCCAGAUCAAAUGCCAGGAUCUAUUUUUGCUAACGGUUAUGUUAUGGUAAACGGUGAAAAGAUGAGUAAGCAAGCUGGUAACUUUUUGACUUUGCAAGGUGUUAUCGAAAUGUAUGGCGCUGAUGCUACUAGACUUGCUCUUUGUGACAGUGGUGAUACUCACGAUGAUGCUAACUUUGAGCAAAAUAAUGCCAACAGUGCUGUUCUCAAGCUCAAUACCUUCUUGGAAUGGAUAGAAGAGACACUCACCAAGGGUGAUAUGAGAGAUGAAGAAAGUGAAUACCUCUUUGCUGACAAGAUCUUUGAUGCCAAGAUGAAUUUGUAUGUUACUGAAUCAAAGAAACACUACGAGGCUAUGGUUUAUAAGGAAGUUUUCAAGACUGUUUGGGUUUCAAUGCAAGAUGCUCUUUCUAAGUAUAUUGAAACUAUGAAGAGAGAUUCUAUCAAAUUGCACAAGAAGCUUAUUUUGAGAUUUAUUGAACUCCAAAGUAUUAUUCUUUCACCUGUACUUCCUCACUGUACUGAACAUAUUUGGAAGGAAUAUCUUAAGAAGGACGGAUCAAUUGUUAACACUAAAUGGCCUGUAGUACCAGCUGCUGAUGAAUCACUCUUGCUUAGUGAUGAAUAUCUUAAAGAUGCUCUCCACAAAUUCCGUCAAUCUUUCCAAAAGGAAUCCAAGGCCAAGAAGAAGGCUCUUAAGGCUUAUAUUUAUGUUGCUGACAAGUAUUUGGAUUGGCAAAUUAAGAGUUUGGAAAUUCUUUCAAAGCACAAAGAAUCUUUCCAUGAUAAGGAAAAGGAAGAUGCCGCUAUGAAGGUUAUUUCUCAAGAGCUUAAGGAAUUUAUGAAGUUCAAGCCAAUGCCUUUUGUAGCCCUCAAGAAGGAACAAUACAAAAAGGAUGGUGAUUCGGCUUUGAGCACAGAGUUGCCAUUUAAUGAAUUUGAACUUCUCAACUCAAAUAUUAACCUUAUUAAGGCUUGCUUUGGAGAUAUUGAAGUUGAAAUUUAUUCACUUUCUCAAACAUAUCCAGAUCCUUUGAAGAGAGCUACCAGAGCUCAACCAAUGGAUCCUUCAUUUGGUGUUGAAUGGGAAAAAUAAAUUAUUUAUAAUUAUUACU